AUGGCUUACAACAUGUCGAUUGGGUACAUGCCAUCGGGCGCGGCGGUGCCGGAUUGGCUUAACAAGGGCGACAACGCGUGGCAGAUGAUCUCGGCUACGCUGGUGGGCAUGCAGAGCAUGCCUGGCCUUGUGAUCCUCUACGGGAGCAUCGUGAAGAAGAAGUGGGCCGUGAACUCUGCGUUCAUGGCGCUCUACGCCUUCGCCGCCGUAUGGCUGUGCUGGGUGACCUGGGCAUACAACAUGUCCUUCGGCCACAAGCUGCUGCCAUUCUGGGGCAAAGCCCGGCCGGCGCUGGGGCAGAAAUUCCUCAUCGCACAGGCCGUGCUGCCACAGACGACGCACUUCCUCAACGACGGUGUCACCGUCGAGACGGCCUGGAUCAACCCGGCGUACCCCAUGGCAUCCAUGGUCUACUUCCAGUGCGUCUUCGCCGCAAUCACGCUCAUCUUACUCGCCGGCUCGCUGCUCGGCCGCAUGAACAUCAGAGCCUGGAUGAUCUUCGUCCCGCUCUGGCUCACCUUCUCCUACACCGUCGGCGCCUUCUCCCUGUGGGGCGGCGGCUUCCUCUUCCACUGGGGCGUCAUGGACUACUCCGGUGGCUACGUCAUCCACCUCUCCUCCGGGAUCGCCGGGUUCACCGCCGCAUACUGGGUCGGGCCGAGGUCCACCAAGGACAGGGAGAGGUUUCCACCCAACAACGUGCUUCUCAUGCUCACCGGCGCCGGGCUGCUCUGGAUGGGCUGGGCUGGCUUCAACGGCGGCGACCCUUACUCCGCCAACAUCGACUCUUCCCUGGCCGUGCUCAACACCAACAUCUGCGCCGCGACCAGCCUCCUGGUCUGGACCUGCCUCGACGUCAUCUUCUUCAAGAAACCCUCCGUCAUCGGCGCCGUGCAGGGCAUGAUCACGGGCCUCGUCUGCAUCACGCCCGGCGCCGGUCUGGUGCAGGGGUGGGCGGCGAUCGUCAUGGGCAUCCUGUCCGGCAGCAUCCCCUGGUUCACCAUGAUGGUCGUGCACAAGCGCUCCAAGAUUCUGCAGCACGUGGACGACACCCUAGGCGUGUUCCACACCCACGCGGUCGCUGGCUUCCUCGGCGGCGCAACCACGGGGCUCUUCGCGGAGCCGGUGCUGUGCAGCCUGUUUGUGCCGGUGACAAACUCCCGCGGCGCAUUCUACGGCGGCAGUGGCGGCAUGCAGCUCCUGAAGCAGAUUGUGGGCGCGCUCUUCAUCAUCGGCUGGAACGUGGUGGCCACCAGCAUCAUCUGCCUCGUCGUAGGACUCAUCGUGCCGCUGCGGAUGCCUGAGGAGGAGCUCGCCAUCGGAGACGACGCCGUGCACGGCGAGGAAGCAUACGCGCUCUGGGGCGACGGCGAGAAGUACGACUCCUCCAAGCACGGAUGGUACUCCGACAACGAAGGCACCCACCAUAACACAGCGACCAGCGGCGUCACACAGAACGUCUGA